AUGGUUAGAGAAACAAAGUUAUAUGACAUCUUAGGCGUGUCUCCAGACGCUACCGAUGCACAACUUAAAAAAGCAUACAGAGUCGGAGCACUGAAGAAUCAUCCUGACAAGAAUCCAUCUCCAGAGGCAGCUGAAACGUUCAAGGGAAUGUCUCACGCAUACGAGGUUCUUUCCGAUCCUCAAAAGAGAGAAAUAUAUGACCAAUACGGAGAAGAAGGCUUGAACGGUGGUGGUGCUGGACCAGGUGGCAUGGGUGAGGACAUCUUUUCACAAUUCUUCGGAGGAAUGUUCCCAGGAGGUGGCCAACCUACAGGACCACAGAGAGGUAAAGAUAUCAAGCACUCCAUCUCUUGUACAUUAGAGGAACUGUACAAGGGCCGUACAGCUAAGCUUGCUCUCAAUAAGACUGUCCUAUGUAAGGAGUGUGACGGUAAGGGUGGUAAGAAUGUCAAGAAAUGUUCCGCCUGUAACGGUCAAGGUUUGAGAUUCGUAACAAGACAAAUUGGCCCCAUGAUCCAAAGAGCCCAAGUGAGAUGUGAUGUUUGUAACGGAGAAGGUGAUAUAAUCAGCGGAGCUGACAGAUGUAAGGCAUGUUCUGGUAAAAAGAUUACCAACGAACGUAAAAUUUUGGAGGUCAACAUUGAACGUGGUAUGCGUCAUGGGCAAAAAGUUGUUUUCAGUGGUGAAUCGGACCAGGCGCCCGAUGUUAUUCCUGGAGAUGUUAUCUUUGUUGUUGAUGAGAAACCUCACAAAGACUUUUCUCGUAAGGGCGAUGACCUUUACUACGAAGCCAAAAUUGAUCUCUUAACUGCCUUGGCUGGAGGAGAGCUUGCUAUCAAACACAUCAGUGGUGAAUAUCUUAAGAUCACUAUCAUUCCAGGUGAAGUUAUUUCUCCAGGUUCCGUCAAGGUUAUUGUUGGUAAGGGAAUGCCUGUACGCAAAUCAUCCAGCUACGGUAACCUUUAUGUCAAGUUUGAAAUUGACUUCCCACCUAAAAACUUUACAACUGCUGAGAACCUGCAACUAUUAGAACAAGUCCUUCCGGCUAGAACUCCAGUUUCUAUCCCAGCCGAUGCAGAAGUUGAUGAGGUGGUCUUAGCGGAUGUUGACCCUACCCAGCAACAACGCCAAGGAGGACGUGGUGGCCAGUCGUAUGAUUCAGAUGAUGAAGAGCAAGGUGGCCAAGGUGUCCAAUGUGCUUCUCAGUAA